AUGGAGUCCUCACGCGGCCCACCCCGUGUCAAAAACAAGGGAGCCAGCGCCCAGCAAAUCAGUGCUGAGCAAAUCCUUCGCGAAGCCUUCGAGCGGCAAGAACAGGGCCUGCAAGCCCCCUCCCAACGCUUCGAUGAUUUGGAAGAACUGCACGAGUUCCAGGGCCGCAAGCGCAAGGAAUUCGAGGACUAUGUCCGCCGAAACCGUAUUAACAUGAACAACUGGAUGCGAUAUGCACAGUGGGAACUCGACCAGAAGGAAUAUGCCCGUGCGCGUUCUAUCUUUGAGCGUGCCCUCGACGUCGACAGCAAGUCCGUUGUGCUAUGGCUGCGGUACAUCGAGGCUGAGAUGAAGACCCGUAAUAUCAAUCACGCCCGCAACUUGCUAGAUCGAGCAGUCAGUAUUCUGCCUAGGGUCGAUAAGCUGUGGUAUAAGUAUGUGUACAUGGAGGAGACGCUUGGCAACAUCCCCGGUACUAGGCAGGUGUUCGAACGUUGGAUGAGCUGGGAGCCGGAGGAGGCAGCCUGGAGCGCAUAUAUUAAGCUUGAGAAGCGGUAUGGGGAGUGGGCAAGGGCAAGGGCGGUGUUUCAGAGGUUUACGGUGGUGCAUCCGGAUGCGAAGAACUGGAUCAAGUGGGCGCGGUUCGAAGAAGAGUACGGCAAUGAGGAUAAUGUGCGGGAGGUGUACAAUCUGGCUGUGGAGACUCUUGGAGAUGAGUUUAUGGACGAGAGGCUGUUUAUUGCGUUCGCCAAGUACGAGGCAAAGCUGAAGGAGUUUGAGCGCGCGAGAGUCAUAUACAAGUACGCCCUUGACCGCCUACCACGGAGCAAGUCUCAGCAGCUGCACAAGAGCUACACAACCUUUGAGAAACAGUUCGGUGAGCGUGAGGGCGUCGAGAACGUCAUUCUCUCAAAACGCCGAGUGCAGUACGAGGAGCAGAUUAAAGAGAACCCCAAGAAUUACGAUGUCUGGUUCGACUAUGCCCGCUUGGAGGAGACUCUUGGCGACAAAGAUCGCGUCCGUGACGUCUACGAGCGCGCCAUCGCCAACAUCCCCCCCACAAAAGAGAAGCGCCACUGGCGGCGGUACAUCUACCUUUGGAUCUUCUACGCGCUGUGGGAAGAAAUGGAGGGCCAAGACAUUGACCGCACCCGCCAGAUUUACGACGAAUGCCUCAAAUUAAUACCCCACAAGCAGUUCACCUUUGCAAAGAUCUGGCUCCUCAAAGCACACUUUGAGGUCCGACAUGGCAACCUCACCGCCGCACGCAAGAUGCUCGGCAACGCGCUCGGGAAAUGUCCAAAAGACAAACUCUUCAAGGGCUAUAUCGCCCUCGAAACCCGUCUGCAUGAGUUUUCGCGCUGCCGCACCCUGUACGAAAACCACAUCAAGUUCUCACCAACGAACGCACAGACAUGGAUCCGCUAUGCAGAGCUGGAGAUGGCGCUCGAGGACGACGACCGAGUACGCGCCAUCUUUGAACUGGCGGUUGAGGAGGAGAGCCUGGAUAUGCCAGAACUGCUGUGGAAGAGCUAUAUUGACUUUGAGGAGGAGAGCGGGGAGUUUGCCCGGACGCGGGAUCUGUUUGAGAGGCUGCUGCAGAAGACAGAUCACGUUAAGGUCUGGAUCUCAUAUGCACACUUUGAGAUCAAUGCAGAUGAGGGCGGCGAGGAAGACGCCGAGGGCAAUGAUGUGGUCAGUGAUGAGGCAAAGGCCCGUGCCCGGGGUGUGUUUGAGAGGGCUUACAAGAGUCUCAAAGCAAAGGAUCUCAAAGAAGAGCGGGUUGUCCUUCUCAACGCCUGGAAAUCAUUCGAAAACACACACGGCACACCGGAAGACAUCAAGAAGGUGGAGGAACAGAUGCCGCGCAAGGUCAAGAAGAGGAGAAAGCUCGACGACGACAGCUACGAGGAGUACAUGGACUACAUCUUCCCGGCCGACGAGCAAGCCAAUGCAGGGAUGCUCAAGCUGCUGCAAGAGGCGCAUCGGUGGAAGCAGGCGCAGGCGGCGUUGGAGAAGCCGUAG